AUGUUUCUGCUGCUCUCUGUCUGGUGCCUGGGGGUGGUUCUCCCAGUCAACAUGUCGGGCAAAGAGGUAUCUCGCCUGCUGAAGGGUCACGUCCCCGCCGCCGCCGACACCACCAACACCACCAACACCACCGCCACCGCCGCGGCCGCAGCCGCAAGCACCCAAGCCGCCGCCGCCACCGCCGCCGCCCAAGCCGCGAGGGACAUCGCCGUAGCUAGCGUCCUGGACAGCUUUACUACAACCCCAAAGCCCAAGACCGGGCAAACUUGGCCCUCUUCUUCCCCACCCUCCUCCCCCUCAACACCCUCCCCAUCCUCUUCCUCUUCAUCUUCGUUGUCAUCAUCAUUACCAUCAUCAUCAUCAUCGUCGUCGUCGUCGGCGGCGGCGGCGGCGGCGGAGUCUCCCCUAGGGGUUGCUUCGCUUCCUGGCACGCCCGGAUCCGGAUCCCGGUACGUGCUCAGCGACCUCGACCUCCUCAGCCUUGCCAACAUAAGUCCGGGAAGUCGCCUGAUGUGGGUUCACCUCGCCUCCGUGUACGUGGUGACCGCCGUGACGCUGAUGGUGGGUGCAAAUGUCACGUCGUUCAAGGUUGCGCACGCAGGUUGUGAUGAGGUGCAAUGGAUGGGUGUUGUGUCGAUGGUGCUCUGGCGACAGAGUCGGGAGGCUGUAGCUUUACGGGUGCUGUACGUCACACAUUCAGCCCCGGGGGACAGCUCCCACACUGUGCUGCUGCGAGACAUACCGGGUAGCUGGGGGUUCGGGGGACUUGAGUACGGCACCUUUCAACAUUCUGUACGGCAUUGGCUGGCCAGCUCCGUAUUGGUUCGCUUCCUGCCGCGGCGGCUACGGAGGGUUUUGGGUGCAGCCGCACUGCGGCUUGUUAGGAGCUCGCAAAACAGCAUCACAGCGGCCAGUAAUUUGGCCACCAGCGGCGGCGGCGGUGGCGGCGGUGACGGCGUCAGCGUGGCGGAGCCAGGGGACGAUGAUGGCGGCGGUACGGCGUACGACCGUGGUGCCCCUCCGGCCUUCAUUGUAAAGGAGAUGGCGGAGGUCUUCCCGCCUUGUCGGCUGGUGGCGCUCCAUGUCGUACGGGACGAGCGCAGCCUGGCGGGUCUCGUACAGCAGUACAGUACGACAAAACGGUCUCUGGAGGAUCUGAUUGAUUUUUACGCAGCACGCCUCGCAGCGGGACGGCGUGUGCGCAGGCGUCAGGUGCGGGUACUAGGACCUCUGCUCGGCCAAUGGGGAGUGGACCUGUACGGUGUACGACCCAUACGUGUGGACGAGCUGCUGCACCUGCGCACACGUCUAGAGGUUCUGUACGAGCAGUUACGGGCUGGGCUGGCAAAGGUGGACGAGCUGCCUCGGCGCUGGGACGCCGCUGUGGUGUCUACUGCACUUCAUGACCGAGACGAGGCCUUAUGGCGGCCAACACCCGCCCCCCACCCUGGAGAGCUGCUGUGGGGCAACCUGAGAUUGCGGCUGUGGCAGAUCAGCUGGCGUACUGCAGUCGCGCGUACGGCAUUCAUGGCUCUGCUGUUGUCGUACACGGUGCCUGUGUCAGCGUUGCAGGGGCUGAUGCAGCUACGGCGCCUGGAGCGGCUACCCGUUGUGAAGGUCAUUGUACGGCUGUCCGUCGUACGCAGCUUGCUGUCCGGGCUACUGCCGGGUGCCGUACUGCGGCUCUUCUUAAUGCUACUGCCGGCAUUGCUGUCACGACUAGUCCGUUGGGCCGGUGCCAUCAGCCUCAGUGAGGUGGACUUCCGUACAACCACCUUGGCGUUUGACUUCCAGGUGGUUGCCGUAUUCCUGGCCUCUCUCCUGGCGGGUGCGCUCCUAAACCAGAUAACGGAAUUCGUUGCCCAACCGGGCCAGGUGCUGACGGUGCUAGGCACCGGAGUGCCGCAGACGGCGUCUUUUUUCAUCGCCUACAUCCUGUUUAACGGCCUGGUUGUUGGGCCUCUGGGAUUUCUGCGGCCGUUCGCUCUGUUGACUUUGGCGCUCCGAAACCGUUUGGUAACAACUCCGAGAGCCCGAGCCCGGUUAUGGGAGGCCCCUGAGGCGAGAUUCGCCCACAGCGUGCCACAUCAUAGCCUCAUGAUACUGCUGGGUUUGUCGUACAGCCUGGUAAACCCGCUGAUAGCGCCCGCCUGUGUGGUGUAUUUUGCGAUGGUGGGCCUUAUGGAGCGCUACCAGCACUGCUACUGCUGGAGCAGGCCGUACGAAAGCGGCGGGAAAAUGUGGAGCCAGGUGUUUCGACACGUGAUGGUGGGUCUAUACACGUUUCACGUGGUCAUGCUGGCGUUACUAGUCAUCAAGAAGUUCCCCUUCGCGCCGCUGGUGCUUCCGGCGCCGCUGGGCGCCGCGGCCUUUCAUCGACAGCUCCACUCCUUGUACCGCCGCCCCUGGAGCAACCUCUCCCUUCGCGACGCCGCUGACCUCGACGCUAUGGACGAGCAAGAACAGGAUCGGCUGUACGGCAGAAAUGGCAGCGGCCGUAGCGGUGGCGGUGGCGGUGCCGUACAAGGCGCGACGCGAUGGGUUGACGGAGGUCCAGGUAGCACGGAUGCGGUGCUAGUGUACGGCGAUGACGAUGAUGACGGCAGAAACUGGGAAGGGGAAUGCCUGGCGGCGGCGGCGGCGGCGGCGGCGGCCGGGAGUCGGAGCGGCGGGGCGGCUGAGGAAGCACCGGCGCCAUCGGGCUCACAUGCUGCGGCUGUACGGCUGCCGCGACAGUGCGGUGCUGCUAAGGACGUUGGCAGUGGUGGAGGCGCCAGCGCCGGCAGGUCAGAUCUCCUCGGACUCCUUGGACACUCCUCAUCAGCCGCGGGUGUCCGCUUGAUGAAGUUGGAGGACAUUAUCGGAAUGGAUCGCAGUUGCAUCCAAGCUUACGUCACCUGUUCCUCUACUUACGCCAGUCUUCUGCUCUUUCGCCGCCUUUACACCUACCUCUACAAUAUUACGGAUGACUUUUUUCUGCUCUCUUUUCGCACUUAA